UAGGCUGAUUCGUCUUAUCCAGCAUGGCAGCUGUUGAGAAGAAUGGAAACAGCCGGUCUAGCACCAGCAGCAGCCGCCUACAGAGCAAAAAGCCCCCCAAUCUCUCCAUCACGAUCCCACCGGUGGAAGCAGAGGAUGAAAGCAGUCAAACUGUGCCUCUGCAAAAGAACGUUGUCUAUCAAAAGAGUGUGAGCCUCCAAGAGCCCAGAAUGAAAAGGCAAGACAGCAACCUCGAAAAACAUCCUGGCUUCCGCAGGCAAACGUCACUCACCCAGAGUAUCCGCAAAGGGACGGCUCAGUGGUUUGGAGUCAGCAGUGACUGGGAAGGAAAGCGGCAGCACUGGCAGCGCAAAAGUUUGCAGCACUGCAGCCUGCGGUAUGGAAAACUCAAAGCUGCCUACCGAGAAAUGGAGUUGCCCAGCCAAGAAGUGCCUUCUUUCCAAGGCACAGAGUCCCCAAAGCCAGGCAAGAUGCCGAAGAUUGUGGACCCUUUGGCCCGAGGCCGUCCCUUCCGGCACCCAGAUGAGGUGGAUCGCCCUCGCACCCCGCAUCCCGUCCUACCCCCGCUGACCCCUGGUGUAAUCUCCUUGACGUCCUUCAGCAGUAUUCGGUCUGGCUGCACCCAUGUGCCCCGCAGAAAAAGGAAAUCUGUCGCUCACAUGAGUUUCAAGGCAGCGGCAGCAUUAAUCAAAGGUCGCUCAGUUCUGGAACCCUUGCCAAAGCGAAGAGGCAAUAAACGGAGUUUUAUGUAUCCCAGCUUCCUGGAAGAUGACGUGGUGGAUGGCAUGGAUAUGUUUGACUCCUCUUUCUUCAGUAAGGUUGACACACAUGAGGAGAUGUGUUCCAUGCCAGACGACGUGUUUGAAUCACCACCCCUCUCUGCAACAUAUUUCCGAGGACUUCCUCAGCCAGGAGAAAGCGUAUCACCUGUGGCUGAGCACGCACUACAGCAUGCAGAUGGUGCCAAAGUCAUGCCGUCUCCAGUAGCUGCCCCAAAGAGGGGCACGCGAAUUGCUUCUAAAGUGAAACAUUUUGCCUUUGAUCGCAAGAAGCGUUACUAUGGCCUGGGAGUGGUGGGCAAGUGGCUGAACAGGACAUAUCGCCGGAGCAUCAGCAGUGUGGUGCGGUCUCAGUUGGAGAUCGUGGACAGCCAUAGGCCCUACUUCACCUACUGGAUCACCUUUGUCCAUAUCAUCAUUACCCUGCUGAUCAUUUGCACAUAUGGGAUUGCUCCAGUUGGCUUUGCCCAGCACCUGACGACAGCACUUGUACUGAGGAACAAAGGUGUUUAUGAGAGUGUGAAGUACAUCCAGCAAGAGAACUUCUGGAUUGGCCCAAGUUCGAUUGACUUGAUCCACCUAGGAGCUAAGUUCUCCCCCUGCAUAAGGAAGGACCUACAGAUUGAGAAGCUGAUCCAGAAGGAGAGAGACCGAGAACGCAAGUCAGGCUGCUGCGUCCAGAAUGAUAACUCUGGCUGCAUUCAGACUCUGCGAGAAGACUGCUCAGAAACCUUAGCCACUUUUGUAAAGUGGCCAGAUCAUAACCCACCAGAUGUUGACCCCAGCAAUUCCAGUUUGGAAAGGUCAUCAGGAGCAGUGUGCCAUCAGGAUCCCAGGACUUGUGAGGAACCAGCUUCAAAUAGACCUCACAUAUGGCCCGAUGACAUCACCAAGUGGCCGAUCUGUACAUAUCAGGCCAAGAAUAAUCAUACUGGCUAUUUGCACAUGGACUGUGACAUUAAAGGAAGGCCAUGCUGUAUUGGGACCAAAGGCAGCUGCGAGAUCACUACUCGGGAAUACUGUGAAUUCAUGCAUGGCUACUUCCAUGAAGAAGCAACUCUCUGUUCACAGGUUCACUGCAUGGAUGAAGUGUGUGGCCUGCUGCCAUUUCUGAACCCAGAGGUUCCUGACCAGUUUUACAGACUCUGGUUGUCCUUGUUCCUUCAUGCAGGAAUUAUCCACUGCCUGGUUUCAGUGGUUUUUCAGAUGACAGUUCUCAGGGAUUUGGAGAAGCUGGCAGGCUGGCAUAGAAUCACUAUUAUUUUCAUCCUUAGCGGCAUCACAGGCAAUCUGGCGAGCGCCAUCUUCCUCCCGUACAGGGCAGAGGUUGGUCCAGCAGGAUCCCAAUUUGGUUUGCUCGCCUGCCUUUUUGUGGAACUUUUCCAGAGCUGGCAGGUUCUCGAGAAGCCCUGGAAGGCUUUUUUGAACCUGUCUGGAAUUGUCCUCUUCCUCUUUGUCUGUGGCCUCUUGCCAUGGAUUGACAACAUAGCACACAUAUUUGGCUUCCUCAGUGGCCUCUUGCUUUCAUUUUCGUUUCUACCCUACAUCACCUUUGGUACUGUGGACAAGUAUCGCAAAAGAAUCAUGAUCAUAGUCUCCCUGCUGGUCUUCAUCGGUCUGUUUGCUUCUCUUGUGAUCUGGCUGUAUGUGUACCCCAUUAAUUGGCACUGGACUGAGUAUCUCACUUGUUUGCCUUUCACCACCAAGUUCUGUGAGAAGUAUGAUUUGGACCAGAUCUUGCACUGAUGGUUUUGGGAGGCCAUUAAAUGAGUUUGUGGGAGAGGAUUAUAAUCUUGCUGGAUUUUCAGCAACUAGGAGUGGAUAGAAGUCACUUUGGUGACAAAAUGCAAGGCAUAUCUGUUUCUGGCUUCCCCAUGGAAAUCCCCCUGUCCCUGAGUUUUACUCAUGCAGUAGAGUCUGGUUUUUGAGAUGCAUCCCCGCCCCCCCUUCCCCAAAAAAAAAAUGAAGUGGAACAACUGUAACUUUUGUAAACUUCCUGGAUAUGCGGAAACAUAUAUGUGCUUCAUGCUCUUGCAUGGCAGUUUCUGGGCAUUGAGUAGCUGCUUCUGGGGGGUUUAGCAGUGAAGUAAGAUCAUUUCCCUGUCAUGUCUUGAGCCCCAGCUGGGAUGUAGUUUUGUUGUACUGGAGGCAUUUGCUCUACAGUGCAGCGGUAGACUGCAGUCUUCUGCCAAACCUUUGAUGCUGUGACCCCAGUUUGCAGGGAAGAACAAUGAACCUGCUCUGCCCACCUCUUCCUCUUGUGCCUGGUCUGGUUUUGAUGAGCUGGAAAGGACUCAGUGACAUCCUUCAUCUGUGGGACUGACAGGAUCCUGUGAGAGGGAGGCCUGGUAGGAAGUGACAAGGCAAUGUCCUGUCGCACUGCCUGUUUCUAGACUUUUCUUUUUUGAAGGUCAUUUUCUCCUAUGCAAUUCUUGAUCUUUGGUCCCUUUCCUAAUGCCUUUUGGCAGAAUAUGGUGCUUGAACUUCGUGGCAAUUGUCCCUGCCUUAGUGCCUUUUUGUGGUACUAUGAAAUGUACUGUGAAAAUACCUCCCCCACCCCCUUUUGACCAAGGGGGUGUUUUAUAUGCAUUUUGUUUUCUUCUAUUCAGAACUUGUGUGUGUAACUAGAGUUGAAUCCUUCUCUGGCAAAGUGUGUUGGUGCUUUUAAAGAAAUCUUGUGCCAUCUGCAAGGAUUCCAGGCCUUGUGUUCAAUUAUUCAGGGAGCGCUCAAGGAUUUUCGUAAAAGCAAAUUUAAACUUGGCUUGGAAUCACUCUGGAAAAGAAAAGAGGCCAACCGUGUUCAGUGGUGAGAGACCAAAUGGGCUGGGGUGUGUAUCUGAAUUAAUGAAUGAGUUUUGAAAAUCAGUGCAAGUGUGUGCAGAUUUCUUAAAGUGCAUAAUCACCUUGUGUUAAAUCUCUUAUAUGGGACUGGAAAUACUUUGCUAUGCAAAUGACCCUGUAAAAAGAAAUUGGCAUAUCCAUGUCAAGCUACUCUUCUGGCGGUUGGUUUGGGAGGGGUAUAAGGAAAAAGUGAAUGUGAGCUGUAACUUUAGGACCCUUUGCGUGGGGGUGGGGGAGGUUAAAAAUAUUUUAAAUAAAUAACUUUGUGUAGA